AGGUAGGGGAGGCUACUCUUGCCAUACAAGAUGGUUGGCGAAAACUCACUGCCUGUACAUUACUAGCGGCGGCCUUUAGAAACGCUUAUGGAUCGGUUUGUUACUAAGACACCAAGAACUCCUCAAGAGAAAAAUGAACUCAAGAAUAAUCAUCCAGAACUUAAGCAAGCGACCAUUGAAGCAAUGCAGGGAGUGGUUGUCAUUGAAGACAUCAAGAGACUUAAACUCCGCCUUAAACUACCAGACCAAUCACCAUCUGUACUUCUUGAGUGUCUGAAUGAACUAAGUCAGAAGAUUCCGCCUAGAAAUGUGCUUCGAUCAACAAAAAUUGGUCACACCGUGCACAAAUUGUGCACACAUUCUGAUGUGGCAGUGGCAAAAUCUGCAAACAGUGUCUACAAAAUGUGGUACCAGCACUUUAAAGAAUUUAGAGACAGGCCUCAGAUAGAGGUGAGAUGUGAUGCAAAGACACAGACAACACGAACAAAUGCCACUAAGCUUCUUGCAAGUUCUCUUGGACAACAGGCAGGAGAAGGUGACUGUGGAACACAUGCUAAGGCCAUAGAACAGGAAGUUUUCUACCAAAGCAAACGGCUGGUUGGUGUACACUACAAACGUACCAUAAGGACUCUGGUGUUUAAACUGAAGCAUUUGAAGGAUCUACGUGCACAGGUUUUUGAUAAAUCAGUUUCCACAGGAGACCUUGUAAAAAAGUUCAAGAAGUAGCGAUUAUUGUAUGAACAUAACAGGCAAGUUAAGAAAUAAUGUCUCAGUUUGGUUUGUGAAUGAUGUUGCCGAUGAGAUAGGAGACUAAUGUCAUCUGCAAAGUCCAGGUCCUCUAGCUGUUUGGUGAAGCUCCACUGGAUACCGGUGUUGUUGUCUUGUGCAUAAUUCAGUCUAUGACCAUUAGGAAGAUUGUUGGUGAUAAUAUGGGUUACACUGUCUUACAAAAGGUUUAUUGAGUUUGCUAUUGUAAAUAACUUUGCAGGACAAUCUUCCUGUAUGAUAAAGGCAGGUCUGAUGCAACCGAUAUUGUGCAUUUCCAGAAAGGUAAGAUUACAACAAACAACAGUAUGAUGUUCUAACAAGAACUGUGUUGAUGGAACAGCAUUUCUACCACUUUGGCCACUGCACCAAAGAUUGAGUUGAGCUUCCAUACAAACAUCAUCAUAAAUUUAAAAAUACUUUUGAAAAUAGAGCUUGAUUGAUUAAAAUGAUGAUAUGCAAUGGCAAAGCAUUCACCUUAACAUGAAUAGCUACACGGCUGGUGCACAUAAAAAACUCUGCUUUGAGAGCAACUUCUUUUAUCAUUAUUGUAUCUGUAUUUUAUUUUUUUGUAAAAGUACUUUGUGUCAGUCUUUGAUGGUAAAGUGCUAUAUAAAUCAACUUUAUUAUUA